AUGGACGGCUUCAAGCUCCCCGAAAUCCCGGCCUUGACCUUACAAGAAGGCGUUAAGAAGGACGAAGUCGACGCGGAAAAGAUUUCUAGUGAAUGGCUCUCUAAACUUGAGAAGCGGUUUGCCGAAAAGUCUUUCAGCGACAUCUCUGACUUGUUCAUCGACGACUGCUGGUGGAGAGACAUCGUCGGUCUUUCAUGGGAUUUCGCCUGCAAGCAAGGUCAAGACAACAUCAAAAAGUACCUGGCCUCAGCAAGCCAUGGUCUGUCUGAGCUGCAGACAAACAAGCUUGGCGGGCUGAAGCCAUUGCUCCUCGACUUUGACGGCAUGGUCUGGAUCCAAACUGGCUUCACCUUCAGGACGCCGCAUGGCGAAGGAAAGGGGUUGCUCAAGCUGGGCAACACUAGCAAAGACGAGUGGAAGGCAUGGACUGUCUUUACGCAAUUGGAGAAACUCGAUUUCCAGAAGGAAGUCGAGGCACGGCACGCGGCUUCGGUUCCGACGCCAAAGACGCCCGUCACGAAUGGUGUCAACGGGGUCAACGGCAUCAAUGGACACACACACGCAGAGCCCGAGGAAGACCUGCAGGUUCUGAUUGUCGGCGCAGCCCAAGCCGGCCUGAUGCUCGGCGCACGCCUCCAACACAUGGGCAUCAAAACCCGCCUCGUAGAACGCAGCGCACGCCUUGGUGACUCUUGGAGAGAACGAUACCAAAGCGUCACGCUGCAUACGCCGACCUACACCGAUCACUGGGCGUUCAUGAAGAUCCCCGAGACCUGGCCGCGGUUCCUGACGGGCGACAAAGUUGCCGAGUUCAUGGAGCACUACGGCCAGCUGAUGGGACUCGACAUCGCCUUCAACACGGAAGUCACAGAGGCUACAUAUGAUGAACAGAAGAAGAGAUAUCAUGUCGAGGUUCGCACGCCUGAGGGAACACGGACGUUGUCGGCGCGGCAUGUGGUCUUGGCCACGGGCGUGUACGGCGACCAGCCCCAAAUCCCUCAAUUCCCAGGGCAAGAUAGCUUCAAGGGGCAAAUCUAUCACUCGAAGUACCAUAAGACUGCUGCCAAGAUCCCCGAUGUAACGAACAAGAAGGUUGUCGUCGUUGGCUGUGCCACCAGCGGCCACGAUAUCUCGGCCGACUUUGUCACGCAUGGAGCCAAGGAGGUGACGAUGGUCCAGCGGCAUCCAAUCUUUUCCAUCUCGCGCGAGUCGUGGGAGAACUUCAUGCUCUCGCUUUGGACAAUUCCAGGUCUGAGUACUGAGGAAGCAGACAUUGUGGGCAAUGCAAUCCCGCUGGCACUGAUACGCAGAAUGAGCAUCGGGUUGACGCAGGCGAUGGCCAAGAAUGACAAGACGGUGCACGAUGGGUUGAAGAAGGCUGGAUUGGUGAUUAAGGAAGGCGAAGACGGGUAUGGGUUGGCGGACUACCAGCUCAUCAAGGGCGGGCAGUAUUACAUCGACCAGGGGGCGAACCAGAUGAUCAUCGACGGCAAAAUUCGGAUCCAGAGGUGCGAGGAAGGCAUCCGAGAGUUUCAAGCGGAUGGCCUGGUCUUGGCAAACGGCACGAAGCUCGAAGCGGAUGUGGUGGUGCUCGCGACGGGUUUCGAGCAGAACAUCGCUACAGUCGAGAAACUGCUUGGGACGAAUGUUGCUCAGAGGCUAAAUGGGUUCGCAAACUUGGAUGCCGAGCAGGAACGCUCAGGUUGGUGGCGAGCCACUGGAGUGCCUGGUUUCUGGUACAUGACUGGCAGCUUCAUGAUGUGUCGACAGUUCUCGUUGCCGCUGGCGUUGCAGAUUGCGGCGGUUGAGAAGGGCCUGAACACGUCCUACUAUGCCUAG